AUGGUCUCGUCAUCGUCGCGCCACGACCCGAUCCGCAUCGAGCCGGAUUGCGAUCUGAUCGAGGCCGACGACUUCUUCUCCGAUGCUGCCUCAAGUCUCAUGAGCUCCUCCGCAUCCCUCAGUAGCAGCAUCAUGCGCUACCGCAUCGAAAACGGCCGCACCUACCACGCCUACAAAGACGGCAUGUACCUAGGUCCCAACGACGAUCCGGAACAGGAGCGGCUGGAGCUGCAGCACACGCUGUGCAUUCUCACCUUCGACUGCCUCUAUCUCUGUCCGGCCGGGAAGGACCUGAAGUACCCCAUCGAUCGUGUGCUCGAUCUCGGCACCGGCACGGGCUGUUGGGCGCUCGAGUUGGCUGCCGAAUUUCCCGAGGCGCACAUUACGGGAGUUGAUCUCAGUCCCAUCCAGCCUCCUUACGUGCCCCCGAAUGUCGACUUUCACGUCGAUGACGUAGAGGACCCGUGGACGUACUCGGCAAAGUUUAAUUUUAUCUACGCGCGGUUUUUGACGGCAUGUAUCGGCGAUUGGCCAAGAUUAUUCAAGCAAUGCUACGAUAACCUUGAGCCGGGCGGCUGGUUCGAGGUCGUUGAUGUUCUCCCGCCGACGUCGGACGAUGGCUCCAUGGCAGAGGACACGGCGCUGGGGAAGUGGUCGAGGCUUUUGCUGGAGGGGACGACGACAUUUGGCCGUCCCCUGGAUGCGGCGCUGAAGUAUAAAGAGCAGAUGGAAGAGGCGGGAUUCAAGGAUGUGGUGGAACUGAAGUACCAGUGGCCGCAGAAUCGAUGGCCUGAGGAGCCGAAGCUAAAGGAUCUAGGCCAAUGGGCGUAUGAGAACAUUAACAACGGGCUCGAGGCAAUCAGCAACGCCAUCUUCACUAGGUUCCUUGGGUGGUCCAAGGAAGAGCUCGACGAAUUUCUUGUCGACCUCCGCGAGGAUCUGAAGAAUGAAGAAAUUCAUGCCUACUGGCCUGUGCAAGUCUUGCCCGCUUUCCCGCUCGUCUGUAAAGAAUCCUGCUAA